AUGACCGUCCCAAAUGAUGUUGCUCUAUAUGAGCUUGCAAUCAAAGCAGGAGUUUAUAUGGAUAACAAAGUUUUUAGAAGAAUAUAUGGCUUGAUUUCAUUGGGUUGCAGUCCAGACGUCAUUUUUUCAAUGUUAAAAUAUCUCACAUCUGUCCAAUCAAUCAAUCGUAAUUCAAUAUCCAAUAUCAGUACAACUACUAGCAGGAGUACUGAACAACAUCAUCAGGUGAAUAGAUCGAGAUUCUUAGCAAGUCGGAUUUUAGAAUCACAACAAAGUUUUCUUAGUACUUUUAGUGAUCGUGAUCAAUAUUUUAAUGGACGGAAUCAUGAAUUAUGUAAAACGCUGUCAAAUAAACCGAGAGUUACACAACAUCAUCUAUAUUCAAAACCAAACUUAUAA